AUGCUCUGGCUAUUAUUUUACAGAAAACUGUGGCCUGUCUUGUUUCAGCUGCAUGGAGCAGUGGCCUGUCUUAUUUUAGGAGUGGCCUGUCUUGUUUCAGCAUGUGAGUUGGCCUGGUUUUUAAUGUGCACUCUUCUGGUAACACAGUGCCCUGUCUUGUUUCAGGAGAUGCAUGUGGCCUGUCUUGUUUCAGCAGUGCCCUGUCUUGUUUUAGGAGUGGCCUGUCUUGUUUCAGCAGGGGAUGUGCCCUAUCUUGUUUCAGGAGUGGCCUGUCUUGUUUCAGGAGGAGAGGUGUGCCUAUCUUGUUUCAGAUGUGGCCUGUCUUGUUUCAGGAGGAGCCUGGCCUGUCUUGUUUCAGAUGUGGCCUGUCUUGUUUCAGGAGUGCCAUGUCUUGUUUCAGCAUGUGAGUUGGCCUGGUUUCUAGUGUGCACUCUUCUGGUGACACUGCCCUAUCUUGUUUCAGAGAUUGCUGUAGCCUGUCAUGUUUCAGGAGUGUGCACUCUUCUGGUGACACAGUGCCUGUCUUGUUUCAGCAUAGGCUGCUGUGGCCUGUCUUGUUUCAGGAGUGUGCACUCUUCUGGUGACACUGCCCUGUCUUGUUUCAGAGUUGUGGGCCUGUCUUGUUUUAGCUGUAGCCUGUCUUGUUUCAGGAGCAUCAUAGGAGGCUGUGGCCUGUCUUGUUUCAGGAGCAUGAGUGGCAUGGGUAUUCAAAAUAAUUAA